CGCCCGCCCGCCCGCCAUGUCCGCCCAGGCGCAGAUGCGGGCGCUGCUGGACCAGCUCAUGGGCACGGCCCGGGACGGUUCAGUGUAUCUUUGCCUGCCUACAUCAAUCUGCAAGGGAGUUGCAGAAAAGCCUCAUGUUCAUCGAGCCGAGACGAAACCAGACAGAGGGUCAAGUUUACAGAUGACCGCGUCUGCAAGAGCCACCUCCUGGACUGCUGCCCCCAUGACAUCCUGGCUGGAACGCGCAUGGACCUGGGAGAAUGCACCAAAGUCCACGACCUGGCCCUGCGAGCAGACUACGAGAUCGCAAGUAAAGAAAGGGACCUGUUUUUCGAAUUGGACGCGAUGGACCACCUGGAGUCUUUCAUCGCCGAGUGCGACCGGAGGACCGAGCUUGCCAAGAAGCGGCUGGCGGAGACGCAGGAGGAGAUCAGCGCCGAGGUGUCCGCCAAGGCAGAGAAAGUACACGAGCUGAAUGAGGAGAUAGGGAAGCUGCUCGCGAAGGCCGAGCAGUUGGGGGCCGAAGGCAACGUGGACGAGUCCCAGAAGACCCUCACGGAGGUGGAGAAAGUCCGCGCCAAGAAGAAAGAAGCCGAGGAGGAGUACCGCAAUUCCAUGCCCGCCUCCAGCUUCCAGCAGCAGAAGCUGCGCGUCUGUGAGGUCUGCUCCGCCUACCUGGGCCUGCACGACAAUGACCGGCGCCUGGCCGACCACUUCGGGGGCAAGCUGCACCUGGGCUUCAUCCAGAUCCGCGAGAAGCUGGGCCAGCUGCGGAAAACCGUGGCCGAAAAGCAAGAGAAGCGGAACCAGGACCGCCUGCGGCGGAGGGAGGAGCGGGAGCGGGAGGAGCGGCUGGGCUGCAGGUCUGGAUCCAGGACCAGAGAGCGGAGGAGGUCUCGCUCCAGGGACCGGCGUCGCAGGCGCUCGCGAUCGGCCUCCAGAGAGCGUCGGAAGCUGUCCCGGUCCCGGUCCCGGGACAGACACCGGCGCCACCGCAGCCGCUCUCGGAGCCACAGCCGGGGCCACCGCCGGGCGUCCAGGGACCGCAGCGCGAAAUACAAGUUCCCCAGAGAGCGGGCGUUGCGGGAGGAGUCCUGGGAGCGGGGCGCUGCCGACUGGAGGCUGGAGAGCCCCAACGGGAGGACGGCGCCGCGGAGGUCGGAGGAGAAGGAGGCCGGCGAGAUCUGAGCCGCACGGUCCGCCCGCGCCCCACCUGUGCCCGCAGCCCAGAAUAAAGAGGCCCGACGGGCUGCACCUGCCGCAUGUCCCGCCUC